UACACACAUACAAUUCCGGAUUGAGGGACUGAAAGAAAAUAUAAGGAUGCGUAAUCUUACUGUAAAAUUUCGAAAUUUCGUAAAUAUCGAUAUUUUCUGGUGUGUACCUUUCGGAAAUAACCAAUCUGGUUUUGAUGUACGUCUAAAAUAUGCUUUUGAAGAAAAAUCUUUUACAAGCCGCCGUGAUUAGAAUAGUUUGGAGAAAACUUCAUACUUAUGGAAAAAACUUUCAGAUUUUUUUCAAAAACUUAUCAAACCACCUCUGUUCACCCAUCAAAUGAUCAACAUGAACGAAACGAUGCUUUAUCCGUCAAUAACUAUUUGUCGAUGGCCUGCCUAUAAAGCAGAUCUUUUUGAGAAAUAUGGCCUGACUAAUCCACAAAUUACGUAUUCGUCGGUAUGGCAAUCGUUUAAUUUUGAAAAUUACACAUUGAGCGAAUUCUUUGACGAAACCACAUACAACUUAUCUGAAUUUGCAGCAGCGUAUGCUCUAGAUGGAUACAGACGUAAUAUAGCAGUGACGAGCGUAGUCACAUUGACAAUGGGCCGAUGCUUUACAUUAUCACCCAGAAAUCAUUCCACGAGUUGGGGGUCGUCGUCGGGAUAUUUUCUUUAUACACGUCACACAGGUGAUGGCAAGGAUAACUCACUCUAUUCCUCAAAGGAUAUCGGAUUUUACGUCUAUGUCCACGAACUGAACAGUGUAUUUACAGAAAAGUUAAAUAAUGGAGCCUAUUCGACGGAAGACAUUUUUGUGGAUUUGGGAGUGGGUUUACAGUACAAAUUAACUGUAACAUGCAUGACAAAAUUAUCUACCCAAAAUCAAUGGUGCAAUAACGAUAGAGGAUACAACAGUGGAAAGUGUAAAGAGAUUUGCCUUAACCAAUUAAUUACUAAAGACAUUGGAUGCAGCACUCCUUGGCUUCCUAACAAAGAUCUACCAGAAUGUAAAACCGCCAGACAAACACAGCUUGCUGUGGACUAUUCUUCUCCUGGAAGUUUAUUUUUGGAACAAUACCUUUCGAGAUGUCAAUGCCCCAAAGCUUGUUCUACAACAAUGUUUUUCCCCUAUUUUCAAGGGGAGAAGGCGGUUUCAUAUCCUUACGAUUCCACAUUGUCAUUGUAUUAUGGUACUGGAAUAGUAACGUCAUUGGUUGAACGUUUUGGAUACGACGAAAACGCAUUUUUGGCCGAUAUAGGAGGCUCUUUAGGAUUUCUUUUAGGUUUAUCUGUAGUGGGCUUUGUAGCUUGGUUCGAAAAAUUGAUCCUCACUUUUGCCGUUUACGCAAAAAAGAUGACGUCGAAGAAAAAUAAUAACGGUAGCGAAACAUCAAAUGAACCCGAUUGUGAAACUAGCACUUCGAAAAUAGAAGAUGAUAACACCAAAAUCAAAAAUAAUUCGGAAGAAAAACAAAUAAUGCCAUCUUGGGAGUCGAAAGUUAUUUUGGAAAAAAAUGAAAAUAAUUUCCUUAAUUCUAAAUCUUUCUUAUCUAAAUACCAGAAUAAUUUAAUUUUACCCUCCCCCAAAUGAAGUCAUGUAAUUCUUCAUAUAUCUAAUAUAUUUUGCAAUACGCACAAAAAAUAUUUACCUAAGUAUUUAUAGGUUUUAUGCACAUUAUGAUAAUUGAUGUUCUUUUUAUUUUGAUACUUUGAAUACAGUUUCAAUUUUUAUA